AAAUCCGGAGUGCUGGUGAAUGCACCAUCCGGUCACUAUGGUGUAGUACGUGGACACGUACAGUGUAGAACUCUGACAAGAAUAUUUUCUAUUCUUAUGACUAAUGGUACUUUAAUUCAACGCAGUCGAUAGUUAUGUAAAAGUAAAACUGCAGACAAAUAUAUUGUAUAUGUAAUAUAUAAUAUAUGCAUUCGCCUGCAGCCGCUCCAGCCCUAAUGGGACGCUGUAAUCAUUUAUCGUUUUGACAAACAGGCGAAGAAACAAAACUAAGGCUCGAUUCCAAAUGGCUACUCACGCCCUAUGUAGGCACACUAACUACUAUGUUGUGCACUGUAAGUAGUGCGCUCUGUGUGGGACACUCAGGGAUUUGGGAUUCGACCUUUGUCAUAGCCGUAUCAAAACGAGCCUAAAGUGCUAGCCAGCUGCUUUCUUGUCCCGCAAUGUCCUUCAGCGAUGUCUACAACCUCUAAAAUCGUUCUCGGGUUAUCCGUGGUACUGACUGUAGGCACCGUGGCUGGAGUGCACCUUAAGCAGAAUUGGGACAGACAGAGGCUUCGAGAGGGAGUUCUGCGAGACCUGGAGCGUGUGGAGAGGAAGCGCGAGAACCAGCGCGCCCUCGAGGAGCAGAUCCACCUCACCAGGGAGCUUGUGACACACAGAGAACAGCAGGAAGCUGGAAGCACUCAACGUUCCUGA